AUGAUGAAUGUCAUGAAUGUCAUUCUGAAUGUUAUUAUUGUGACGGUCCCGAAAGAACAAAUUGUACUGGGUGUUCAAAUGGAAAAUAUCUUGAUUAUGAUCACGGGGAAUAUAAUCACACGUGUUUACCUUGCCAACCCAAUUGCAAGUAUUGUGAUAAUUACAAUACUUGUUAUGAAUGUGUAUCUGGGUAUUACUUUUCGAAUGAUGGAAUGUGUGUUAAGUUUGGAAAUGACUUGUGUGCGUCUGGAAAUAGUUUUAAUCAGUGUUUCAAAUGUAUUUUUGGAUAUUAUUUGGACAAAAAUGAUUGUUUCAAAUGUUCCAAUAUAUGCACACAAUGUUUUGGACCAACAACAGAUCAGUGUUAUUAUUGUGUUGAUGGUUAUUAUAUCGCUUCUAGCACAUGCCUUCAGUGUUCUUCGACUUGUCAAACAUGCAAAGACAAUUCAACUAUUUGUAUGUCCUGUGAGCCGGGGUCAAGGUAUUUGUGGAACUACCAGUGUAUUGCUUGUGAUAAUUGUAACCCCGGGCAUUGUAUAUCAAAUACAACAAAGUGUGAUUCGUGUUCUGACGGAUUUUAUUCAGAAAAUGGACUAUGUCAAACUUGUGAUUCUAUUUGUCUCACAUGCUGGGGUUCUCCUUCGAAAUGUUGGUCUUGUAAACCGGGAACUUAUUUUGCAAAUGCGACUUGUCUCACAUGUGAUGCAAAUUGUGAGACCUCUGGGUGUCACACGACUUUGGGGUGCACAAAUUGAAAACCUGGAUACUUCCCAAAAAAUCUUAAAUUGUUUGACAUGUACAUCAGGUAUUUCAUAUCUUAACUUAAAUGGUUUGUGUUCACCUUUCGAUUCGUCUUGCCAAACGUGUAACACAGAUGGAAGUUGUAAUGGUUGUAUUGAUAAUUAUGUUCCAUAUGUAGUCAACAAUGGAUCAUGUCAGGAAUGUUAUUCUUUUGACCCGAAUUGUAAUUUUUGUGAAAACAAUCAAUUCAGAGAAUGCACACAAUGUGCAGGAAAUUAUUACUUGAAUCCGAACGGUACUUGUUCUCCAUGUGAUUCUUCUUGUGAGUAUAACGGGUGCAAUAAAAAGACUGGAAUAUGUGAGACGUGUGCAGUGGGCUACACCAAACAAACAGUAGAUAGUGUUCAAUGCCAGUUGUGUAGUUCAUUUGAUCCCGAUUGUUCGAGUUGUUCACAAACUACCAGAAAAUGCACAAUGUGUAUUAAUGGCAAAUAUCCAAGUUCAUCAUCACCUUUUUCUUGUGUUUAUUGUCAUGAAACUUGUUCAGAAGGAUGUUCAAAUACAACGGGAAAUUGCAUUUCUUGUUUUAAUGAGCAAUACACAAUCAACCCAUCAAACCCAAAACAAUGUCAGAGUUGUUAUGAAUUUGACCCACAUUGUUUGUAUUGUUCAACAACAGAACGGAAAUGUAUUUUGUGUCAAUAUGAUUUUGCAUAUUUGGUCAAUGACGUUUGUGUGUUAUGUGAUUCAACAUGUUCUUCGUGUGAUUCAAAUGGUAUUUGUUGGCAAUGCAAAGACAAUUACGUGUGUAAUGAACCAAAGACAAAACAGUGUUUGAGUUGCAACUCAUUUGACCCAAACUGUGAAAAGUGUGAUUCUUCGAGUUCAAGAAAUUGCACUAAAUGCAAAACCAAGUACUACCCCAAUACAUCCACAUACAAAUGCCAACUCUGUGAUUCGACAUGUGGCAAUCAAUGCAAUCCAACAAAUGGAUAUUGCACUGGUUGUAUGAGCAACUACGUUUUAUACACAAACAAAAACCAGUUGACAUGCCAAAGUUGUUCACAAAUGGACCCACAUUGCAAUUUGUGUGCGACAGACUUUUCAAGAAAGUGUGUUGAGUGUUUGACUGGGUACUACCCAGAUUUGUUAGGAACAUGUGUGUUGUGUGAUCCUUCAUGUAAAGAUAAAUGCAACAAACGAACAGGAUACUGUGAGUCCUGUAUUGCUAAUUAUGUUCUAAUUUCAUCUGAAAAUCCUAAAUGUCAAAAAUGCAAUGAAUUUGAAACAAAUUGCAAAACUUGUUCACCUGAUAACAAUAGAAAGUGUGUUGAAUGCAAUACAAAUUACUAUCCAAAUACAAGUAAUGAUACAGAUGUAAACUUUGCCAUUCUUUUUGUGGGGGUUCAUGCAGUGGUACAACAGGUGCGUGUACCGGUUGUUCAUCAAAUUACGUCUUUUCAAUAA